UCUGUGAGCCGAUAUUAGGCGGACCGGUCAAAAAUCUAAGUUUUUGGAUAUCCACCAAUUUCAGUACAUUUGUCGUAUAUAUUUAUAAUAGUCGUUAAUUUUUUUCAAUUUGUUAUAAUCCCGCUUUAACGAACGUCCAUUCCGUUUGAAUAAGAUGUAGUUCGUUAAACCAGCGGUGCACGUUAUAUCAUAUUCUAUUAUCUUAUCGAUUUAAUUUUGUUUUUUUUCUACAACUACAAUAUACGCCAUUCCGUAAAAUUAUUUAAUAAUUUUAAUUUCAUCAACCUUGAAUUACGUGUACAAUAAAGGCAGAGUAUACUAUUUCAAAUCUGCAUCAAUAAGACACAAUGGGCAUUCUUGAUGAUCUCAGCGUUUCUUCAGUGUUAGUUGGACUUGGGAUUGUUGUAACUACUGGUUUUGCUAUAUCAGCAUUUGUAGCCAAUUUCCAAAAGAAAAGUCAAAAAAAAAGAACUUUAGUGGAUUCAAAUACAAAGAUUCCAUUGCCACUUAUUCAAAAACAUAUAAUUAGUCAUGACACACGAAGAUUUAGAUUUGAAUUGCCAUCAAAAAAUCAUAUUCUUGGUUUACCUAUAGGUCAACACAUACAUUUAUCAGCGAGAAUAAACGAAGAAUUAGUUGCUCGUGCUUACACGCCAGUCAGUAGUGACAAUGAUGUUGGAUAUAUGGAUUUGGUUAUCAAGGUUUACUUUAGAGACCAAAAUCCCAAGUUCCCUGAUGGUGGUAAACUAACGCAAUAUCUCGAAAAAAUGGAAAUUGGAGAUACAAUUGAUGUCCGAGGACCUUCAGGUCGUCUUAUUUAUCAUGGUCGUGGAGAUUUUGAAAUUAAAGCUGUUAAAAGAAUAGAUCCUUCUCAUAACCUUUAUGCUAAAAAAUUAUCAAUGAUUGCUGGUGGUACUGGCAUUACGCCAAUGUUGCAGUUAAUUAGACAAGUAACUAGAGAUCCUAAAGAUGAAACCAAAUUGUCAUUACUUUUUGCCAACCAGACUGAAGAAGAUAUAUUAUUAAGAGACGAAUUAGAAGAAGCCGUUAAAAAUUAUCCAGAUCGUAUCAAGGUCUGGUAUACAGUUGAUAGACCUACUGAUGGUUGGAAGUACAGUGUUGGAUUUAUAUCAUCUGACAUGAUAUCAGAACAUCUAUAUCCACCAGCUCAAGAUACAUUGGUAUUGAUGUGUGGACCUCCUCCAAUGAUAAACUUUGCAUGUAUUCCAAAUCUUGAUAAACUUGGAUAUGAUGCUAAGUUACGAUUUUCUUAUUAAAAAUAUUAAAAAAUUAAAAAAAAUGUUAUUCAUUUAUAUUAGACCGUCCGUAAUAUUUUUGAGUUGUAUUUGUUGAUUCACAUUUUGUAAUAGAUUUUGAUCAUGGAAUGGGUAUUUGGUAUUUAAAAAACAUUUGAAACCCUUUUAUAAUGUUGCUAAUCAAUUGGUGUUAACACUUAAUUUAUGUACAAAUUGUUUAAUCUAGCUAAGCAUAAUACAAUAUAUUUAUAUAAUAUUUCUUCAAUAUAUCUAUUUUAGAAUGUACUUCAAAACAUAAACAUUUUUAAAUUCCUGUUUUGGCUUACACCAAAAAUGUAUAUAUUCUUAUAUUAUAUAUUGUAUGUGAUGUGUUUUAAUAAAGUGUUUCAUUUUGAGUAUUUAA